AUGUCUGAGGCCGCCCUCAAGCCGGAGAAGGACUUCUCCAAGGAGGCUGACAAACAGAUCCCCGAAGCUGAGAAGCUGGCCAAGACCGACAUCCAAGCCGCCAUCGAGAAACUCGCAGGUAUCGAGAAGCAAGCGCGUCAGGCCUCAGAUCUCGCCUCGACAUCCCGGAUAUUAAUCGCAAUCGUCACGAUAUGUAAAAAUGCCGGCGACUGGAGCCUGCUCAACGAGCAGGUCCUGCUGCUGUCCAAGAAGCACGGCCAGCUCAAGCAGGCCAUCACCCGGAUGGUGCAGAACGUGAUGGGCUUCCUCGACCAGACCCCGAACAUGGAGACGAAGCUGUCUGUCAUCGAGACUCUGCGGACGGUCACCGAGGGCAAGAUCUUUGUCGAGGUCGAGCGGGCGCGCGUCACCAAGAUCCUUUCCGACAUCAAGAAGCAGCAGGGCGACCUGAAGGCGGCGACCGACAUCCUCUGCGAGCUGCAGGUCGAGACCUUUGGUUCUAUGGAGAGGCGCGAGAAGACAGAGUUCAUCCUGGCACAAGUGGCCCUCUGCAUCGAGAGCGGCGAUUGGACCCAGGCGGGCAUCCUGAGCAGAAAGAUCAGCACCAAGUACCUGGCAAGGAAGCCUAAGAAGACCCCCGAGCAGCUAGAGAAGGAGAGGAAAGAGCGCGAGAAGAAGGCCGAGAAGGGCGAGGAGGUUCCAGAGGAGAAGGUGGACGAUGUCACCGACCUCAAGCUCAAGUACUACGAGCAGCAGAUCAUCCUGUCCAAGCACGAAGACAAGUACUUGGACGUCUGCAAGCACUACCGACAGGUUCUGGACACGGAGGCGGUCGAGGAAGAUCCCGCCAAGCUUCGCCCUGUCCUGCAACGAAUCAUCUACUUUGUCAUCCUCGCGCCCUACGAUAACGAACAACACGAUCUGCUUCACAGGGUUUUUAGGGAUACCCGGAACUCGCAGGUCCCCCAGGACGCAGAGCUGCUGAAGCUCUUCACCGUCCAGGAGCUCAUGCGGUGGCCCGAGGUGGCCAAGAUCUUCGGCCCUCACCUGUGCGGUACCGACGUCUUCGAUGCGCAGAAGGGCCAGUCUGGCGACGAGAAGGCGUUCCAGCGGUGGGAGGACCUGCGCAAGCGCGUCAUUGAGCACAACGUCCGCGUCGUGGCCAAGUACUACACGCGCAUCCAGAUGGGCCGCCUGACGCAGCUGCUCGACCUGGACGAGGACGAGACGGAGAAGUACAUCAGCGAGCUGGUCACGUCCAAGACGGUCUACGCCAAGAUCGACCGGCCCGCCCGCAUCGUCAGCUUCGCCAAGCCCAGGGACGCCGACGACAUCCUCAACGACUGGAGCUCCGACAUGAAGAACCUGCUGGGCCUGCUGGAGAGGAUCGACCACCUCAUCACCAAGGAGGAGAUGAUGGCGCGGAUCCAACCCGGCGCGGCCGGCGGCAGGUCGGGCAAGGGCAAGGCGGUCAAGGCCAAAUAG